AUGGACCCAUCCUCAGAUCGAACGGCAAUUAAAAACUGGUAUAUCGACAUGGAGGCAUCAAUUGCUAUCUUGCGGCCAAAAUAUUCGCCAAUGUUAUGCUGUUUAAUGGCGCGAGGUGUCCACAGAUUUCCAAAUCACGAGCAAGAGGAGGUUCCUCUGCUAUACGCCGACAGGCACGAAUCCGAUUCACCGGAGGCCUCGGCUUCCCUUUAUUACUCUGAUGGCGAAUAUGUAAAUAUCCAUGAAAUCACAACCAAUUCGCCUUCUUUGUCUUUACUUUCAAUAGGCUUCAAUAGUUAUUUAAAUAUUAAAUGUGAAAGUCCCUAUUUUUGUAUUGACAUCAACAAUUGUCGCCAAGAUCAGCCUUUGUCAGCGCAAAGAAUAUCCAUUUCACCCACAAUGUUGGUAGAUUCAAGGCAGAUCGUUCUCAAUGAUGUGAAAGAGGAAAGAUUUCAGCAAGAUCUAUUUGAAAAGGAGAUGGGAGAGAAAUCCUAUGGGCCCAAGCUUUCAAAGUUCCUGUCAAACCUCUCCAUCCCGAUAUGCCAGACGAUGUCGCGAUUAUUCCCGCGAUUUAUUAUCUACAACUCAAAGGAACACACGGAGAAAGAUCAGCCUGGGGCUUUCAGCGAACAGGAGCCAAAUCUGUCGAGCUCGCUUUCUAUCCAAUAUCCGGUCUCCAUGCUUGAUCUGGCAUUUUGCCUGGAGGCGAAUUCGGUAUUUUUGAAGCGGGAAUAA